AUGCACAUGUCCACCACGGGGGUGCGCCAGCUUGCUCCGCGGGGGCCGGGUGGCGAGCGAGACGCCCCGCACAAGGGGGUCGCGCAAGGUGACAGCCGUACGCAUAGUGCAGUUGUGCCACGGCGACCCCCGAGAAUCGGUAGAGGUGGCGGGGCUGCAUAUGCGGAUAUGCAUGAGGUGGCCAGGCAGCGAAGUUCAUGUGCAUGUACUUUGCUGGAAAAGGUUGGCCGUGAACAUACGGCGAGGAAGCAUCCUAGAGAUGCCCUUCAUAUUCUCCGGAAUGACGGCUCGGCGGGCCCAGAUUGGGCGAACGGUAUUCUAUCUCAGAUGGACGACACCCGACGCCCGCCUUGUAUUUACAGAGGCGUCGGCGACAAGGAUCCCCGGAAGUGAAGCUGAACAGCGUGAGAACGGAUCCAGGCGCCAAACAAAAAUGACUUGCAGAGCUAAAAAUAAAGCGAAGCCCAGUCAUCAGUGGUUCCAGGCCCUCACUCCUCGUAGAUAUUUGUGUCGCUGGUAGGCGAGAGUGGACGCGCGGAACGCUGAGUUAGCACCUGACCGCGACGGUUUAAGCCAUGAUAUAUGCGAGCACCAGAGGAGAUUUGAGUAAAACUCAAAAUGAUGAAGAGAAGGGAAAAGAAAAGGAGAAAAAAAAAGAUACGGGUGAAAGCUGCACUCACAAAUCUUCCGAGAACCGCUCUCGCCCUUCGGCGUCCUUGU